UUACAUUCGACCUGUCGAUGAGUUUCGUGUCGAGCCAACAGUGUUCAAAUUAACUCAAAACGGGAUUUUUUGCUUCGAGAAGUGCUGAGCCUAUGUUUUGAAAUGAUACGACCCGUUCAUUAGUUGUAUUUUAAAAUAAUUUUUAGCUCUUCUAUGAGUGUAACAUAAGUGAUGAUUUAACUAAAUUCGCUAGUCUGAAUUUGCUGGGUGUACAUUGAUUAUGCUGAAAACGGUAUACUUGCGUUUCCUUAGUAUUAUCGUACUAGCAUCGAUUGCUGUAACAGUAAUGAUUUCUAGUCUUCCAAUUUCCUCCGAUACUUGUAAAUGUGAAACUUCUUCAGACCUCGAUAGACAGCAUGAAAAAUUACACAGCAGUUUCAAAGAGUCAACCAAAUCACUAAAACCCAAAUUGGCUGUGUUGGUACCGUUCCGAGAUCGCUUCGAUGAGCUUCUUCGAUUUGCACCGCACAUGUCGACGUUUUUGACUCGACAGCAGAUUCCGUUUCACAUUUUCGUGUUGAACCAGAAUGAUCGUUACCGGUUUAACAGAGCCUCCCUAAUUAACGCAGGAUUCAUGCAGGUCAAAGAUCACUAUGACUAUAUUGCAAUGCAUGAUGUUGAUUUGUUGCCAAUUAACGAUAAUCUUAAGUACGAGUACCCUGCAGAAGGACCUUUGCAUAUUUCGGGGCCAGCAUUUCACCCGAAGUACCAUUACCCAACAUUCAUCGGGGGUAUCUUGCUGUUGAGAGUAGAACACUAUCAACGGCUGAACGGAAUGUCCAAUAGAUACUGGGGUUGGGGUCUGGAAGACGAUGAAUUCUACGUACGCAUAAAGGAAGCCGGUUUGGAAGUGUUUCGGCCACAAAAUAUUACCACUGGACCAGAUAAUACUUUCCUACAUAACCAUGACCGUUUACAUCGGAGAAGAGAUACAACAAAGUGCUACAACCAGCGCGAAGUGACACGACGAAGAGAUCGCGAGACAGGACUGGAUACUCUUUUGUACAGCAUCAAACAGCGUCACGAGCUCACUCUCGAUGGAGUUCCGCUGACUGUGUUGAACAUAAACUUGGAAUGUGAUAAAUCUCAAACGCCUUGGUGCGAGUGUGACAGUAAAAUUGAGACAAAAACUCGAGUCGACAGUAAAAAGAAAGUGUAGUUUUUCUGCCGAAACGGUGUUUUACCAAAAUUACUGUUGUUGCCAUGCGUAAGUCAAAAAUGCAAUAUAAAACGAUAAAAUCAGAUGUUCA